CAGAUAUCAACAUCAAAUAAGUGUUAGUUACACUUGAAACUUAUUUUUUUGUAAAAAAUGUAAAAAAAUCACAAAAAAAAAUGUUAAUCAUGUAAAAAUAUGAGUAAUGCUAAUUGUCGCUGGACUCUUAAAAGUCUUAAAGGUGAUGUUCAGUAGCGCGUUUAUAGUAGCUUUCUUCAACAUACCGAACCCGGUCGUAGCGUUGGGGGGCAUCAGGAACUGGUCCCGGAAGGCCCUAUACCACAAGGUUGACCUGUGCACACAGGCUUGUUUCACGCAGAUCCUCCCAGGACUAUACUUGAGCAAUGCAAGGGCCGCAGGGGACCAAAAUGUGCUUCGACAGCUUGGAAUCACCCAUGUGCUCACCGUUGAGACUCGCCGACUCCCGUCGACUACAUUUACCAAUACAAACAUCAGCACGCUCUUCAUUAGGGCCUACGACACUCCUCAAACCAAUCUCCUGCCCUACUUCCCUAUGGCCAAUGCCUUUAUCGAAGAAGGACUGCAAAAAGGAAACGUCAUCGUGCACUGCCACUUCGGUGUCUCCCGGUCCGCUACCCUUGUCAUCGCUUUCCUCAUGGAGAAAUAUAAAUUGACGUUCGCCCAAGCCUUCGCGUACGUCCGACAGAGAAGGAAGUUCAUUAAUCCUAAUCCAGGGUUCGUGGCGCAGUUAAAAGAGUACGAAAAGAUGAACUAUGACGUGGGUACAUUCAACAGGUUCGAAGCUUACAUGAACGUGAACGCACGAAGGCAUAAGUAUAAGAUAGCGUCGUUCGCGGCCAUUCUUGUUGGUGUCAUGGUUCCGAUGGUAGUGUUGUUAUUCUUUGCAUUUCAGAUGACCAUCAAGUACUUGUUUCAAUAUUGGUGAAGCUUGUCGGGAGGGAAUUAUCUUCACUUUCAAACUUUGAAUCUAUAUAUUUAUGUUUUAUAUGAAUAUUUUUCAUUUAAUCAUUUUUAAUAAAUUAUUUGU